AUGAAGGCCUACUUUUACAACGAUAUCCCUGGCGAUCAGCGCCUCGCCCACGACUCUGGGGAGGCUGUCACGGCCGACACGCUUGCGUCUCUCGGCGUUGUUUACAAGCGCAUUCCCAUCGACGAGGACGGCAAGUGGAAGGGUGAGAUUGACACGUUUGCAAAGGAGCGCGGCUACAAGAACUGCCGUGGAAUGCAACUGACCGGAAGGCACCUGCAUGAGGACGAGGAGAUCCGCUACAUUCUCGGUGGCUCUGGGUUUUUCGACGUUCGCGGUGAGUCGCCUGGGACGACCAAGCUAACAGUCGCAGGCGGAGUCGACGCCCUUGACAAGCGGUGGAUUCGUAUCGGCCUCGUCCCGGGAGACCUCAUCGUCCUCCCCCCGGGGUAA